AUGCCUCGACCGGGCCUCCCACCCACGCCGGGCUCUUCAUCCGAUAUCAAGGGUGUAGACGGUACUCAGCAGCUGUCCUCUUUUCAACUCUCUUUCGAGCUGCCUCCUCCAGCAAUUCAUGAUGCUUCCCGCGUGUCCCCCACGAUGUCUUCCCAGGUUUCACCAACCAAUACCAAGUCGCACCCGCUUGUCACUACUUCUCCGGGAGCAACAUACCCCAUGCAGCCAGCCGAGACAGUGAAGGCGCGCCGUCGUUCCUCUGCUGCAAAAGAUUCAAAGGAUAACUCGUUUGCUCUUCCACCUCCGCCGACCCGAUCUCGCAAGAUCAUUCAGAUGAAACCUCGACAGGAGGAUGGUGGUGACAACAACACCAGUAAAGAUAAAGGGAAGACAAAUAGCAAGAGCUCUGCAGCGGGGAAGGCGGCUGCGGCGUCGACCAGCUCUAAAACGACAGCAGCGACAGGAGAUACGGCCGUUGACGAUAAGACGAAGAAGAAGCAACCCAGUGCCACAAGUGCAGCCGGACGAAAGAUUGCGAGGAAAACCGCACACAGUCUGAUCGAGCGUCGGAGGCGGAGUAAGAUGAACGAAGAGUUUGCUGUGCUAAAGGGCAUGAUACCAGCUUGCACAGGAGAUAUGCAUAAGUUGUCUAUCCUCCAGGCCUCGAUUGAGUAUAUUCGGUACUUGGAAGACUGCGUGUCCAAAUUGAAAGCACAACAAGAGGAAGAUAAUGGCCAAACUGAGUCUGGCCGCCAAACCCCCACAGGUCGCGACCGACUGCCAUCUAUACGUGAAUUCCACCCAACUUUCCAAGGCGAUCCAGCCGAUGACGACGAUGUUGAGAUGGAGGAUUCCGAUGUCACUUCACCCGCCAUGACUGCGAUGCAAGACCAUAACGCUCGCCAUCCAUCUGCAUCUCCUGCCCUUCUUCCUCAAGACUCUCGGGAUCGGGCACAGUCUUAUUCAUCAAUCUCAACAGAAAAUCGACGUUACAGCUAUAGUGUUUCUGCUGGAACUUCCCCGGCAUUUGGCCCGCAGAUAUACGGCGCACCCCAUUAUGCUCGUAGCGAUGCCUCAGCACCAGGUUCGGCUUUAACAAGUCCGGCUCUCAAUCCCCAGAGCGAGCUUGAUCAGGAGGCCAUGGCUGCAUUGUUGAUGCUGAACAACGAUCGUCGUGACUCCAAGGGUCGAGGCCUUUCGGUUCGUGAUCUACUCAGUACAUGA